AUGGUUUUAUUGGCGCUCCGCAGUAGGAGAUGUCUUAAUAGCUGCUGUAUGGGGACGUUAUGCUUGCAGUUGUUGCUGUGGAUUUUAUGUGCCGUGAACGGAGAGGAGCAGUCGUUCAGUGUAGAGGCAUGGCUCCAGAGGUAUGGCUACCUCCCUCCUGCAGACCCCAGAAUGUCAGUGCUGCGUUCUGCCCGAGUCAUGCAGUCUGCUAUCGCUGCCAUGCAGCGCCGCUACGGCCUAAAUGUCACAGGGACGCUGGACAGCAACACUAUAGAGGAUAACACGAUAAGAUGGAUGAAGAAACCUCGAUGUGGGGUUCCUGACCAAAUAGGGGGUGUGUCCAGAUUCAGUGUCAGGAAACGGCGGUACGCCCUCACGGGACAGAAGUGGCAACACAAACAUAUCACGUACAGCAUAAAGAACGUGACACCUAAAGUGGGUGCUGAGGAGACCCAUGAUGCCAUUCGGCGAGCUUUUGACGUGUGGCAGAACGUGACACCGCUGCGCUUUGAGGCUGUGCCCUACAGCGAGCUGGAGAGGAGCAAGAAAGACGUGGACAUCACCAUCAUCUUUGCUUCAGGUUUCCAUGGUGACAGCUCACCUUUCGAUGGUGAGGGGGGCUUUCUGGCCCAUGCCUACUUUCCAGGGCCGGGAAUAGGAGGCGACACACACUUUGACUCAGAUGAGCCGUGGACGCUGGGCAACCCCAACCAUGAUGGUAACGAUUUGUUCCUGGUAGCUGUCCAUGAGCUCGGUCACGCGCUGGGCCUCGAACACUCCAACGACCCCACGGCCAUCAUGGCUCCUUUCUACCAGUACAUGGACACAGAUAACUUCAAACUACCCAUGGAUGACCUGCUGGGCAUCCAGAAAAUUUAUGGGCCACCUGAUAAACUCCCCCAGCCCACCAAGCCUUUGCCAACAGCACCCCCUCCUCGCUCCCAUCCUCCUUCAGACCCCCGUAAACCAGACAGGCAGACGCGACCCCCAAGGCUGCCCUCAGGAGACAGACCCUCGCAUCCCAACGCAAAACCCAACAUCUGCGAUGGAGGCUUCAACACCCUGGCCAUACUGAGAAGGGAGAUGUUCGUUUUCAAGGACCAUUGGUUUUGGCGGGUGAGAGAUAACUCUGUGAUGCCAGGAUACCCCAUGCUCAUCAGUGUGUUCUGGAGGGGCCUGCCGCCUAAGAUAGACGCAGUCUAUGAGAACAGCGAGGGCAAGUUUGUCUUCUUCAAAGGAAAGCAGUUCUGGGUGUUUAAGGACACAGUGUUGCAGCCCGGCUACCCCAAGGACAUCACCCAGUUUGGCCGUGGCAUGCCCUCACAGAGCAUCGAGACCGCUCUGUGGUGGGAGGAUGUGGCCAAAACCUACUUCUUUAAAGGGGACAGGUACUGGCGUUACAAUGAGGAAAUGAGAACCAUGGACCCCGGCUAUCCUAAGCCCAUCACAGUGUGGAGAGGCGUGCCUGAAUCGCCACAGGGGGCCUUCGUGGACAAAGUCAAUGGUUUCACCUACUUCUAUAAGGGGAAGGAGUACUGGAAGUUCAACAACCAGUUCCUCAGAGUGGAGCCGGGCUACCCGCGCUCCAUCCUCAAGGACUUCAUGGGCUGUGAGCUGACGCCCAUCGACCCCGGCCGCCCACCGGCCGACGACGGCAACCCGGACGUGGUGAUUGAGCUGGACAAUGAGGCCAACACAGUGAAGGCCAUCGCCAUCGUCAUCCCCUGCGUGCUUGCGCUGUGCCUGCUGGUGCUGGUCUACACUGUGGUGCAGUUCAAGAGGAAGGGGACGCCACGCCACAUACUGUACUGCAAACGCUCCAUGCAGGAAUGGGUUUGAAAUUUUGGGAAGAGACAAGAGGUCGGUGUUAGGGUGGGAGGAGAGGUUGGUGAAAAAACAGUAUGACAGCCCCCACUUUUCACAGAGAGGAGGAUGGUGGACAUUGGACAGCUUUAUGAGAAAAAACAAGCCAUGCCUCCUCCUCUUCAGUGAUACGAUACCUUUGUUCAGACCUGCAGAACCAGCCGGACAGUCUGACGGUGAUCCCUCAGUUAAAAAAAAAAAAGAAAAAGAAAAAAAAAAGGCGAUUCCCAGGACUUGAAGCUGACUUCUCCAGCCCCCAGCCUUUUUAACAAACGGGGGCAGAGGGACAGUUUGUGGAGGGGGAUCUUUGUUGGAAAUGACCAUCAGUCCCAGUCCAAAAAUAAUAACGGGAAAAAAAAAAUAUUCAAAAAAGAGGGUCAGCAUCACUUUGUAUCUCAGAAACUUGACUUCCUAUCCCCGUUCUCUUUUGUUUCUUUGCCCGAAUGCUUUUAUUCAGAGGGAGGACUUUCAGGGGGACAAGCAAUCUUCCCACAGGGCACUGCAUUGUCAACUGGCAUAUCAGGUUGUCGCUAAAACAGCUUUCUAUUUUCUGAUCCGUGUGCCCCCCUCCAGCUUCAUAUUGGGCUAAAAAAACAAAACAAAACAAACAAACAAGCAAACAAAAAAAGUCUCAGUUAAACACAACUUCAUUACAUUAACAAUCAUUCAUCCUUUUUUUCCCCAUUUUUUUUUCCUUUCUUUUUUUUUUACAUUAAUUUGAGAAAGAAGGUCCUCACUCUUCCCUUUAAAGCAUCCCUGAAGAAGAGACCGAACAAAACCAAAUAAAAUCCAUCUCUCUCCAAAGAGGAUCAAUUUUUUUUGUUUGUUUGUUUUUUUUUUUAUUUCUUCUUUCCCUUCUCUGGAUCCUUGCAGCGAUUAUGAGUUGGGGAGCUCUGACUGUUGUGGCAGUCUGUUUGAGACACAGGGGCCAAAUUAUUCUGCAAUAUUUUAACUCGCCUUAAUUAUAGAUCAUACUACUUGUGCUUGGUUUUGCUGUUCUUGGUGGGGCUUUUUUGUUGUUGUUUUUUUUUGUUAUUUUAUUUGAAUUUGUAUACCGCUAUUAUUUCUGUUUGUUUAUUUUUUUUUAAAGGAGCUAAUUAAUUGCUUCUUGUGAUUGGUAUUUUAUGGAUUUUAUUACAUUACUCAGAAUCCUCAGCACUGGCUUGCUGAGCCAUUCUGGACAGAUUAAUACAGUAGGUUCAGCCUGUACUGAAAGUAAUGUAUUGUAUGCUAAAUGAUGUUGGAAGGUUCUGGAGUAAAGCCACUAUUUUUGUGUGUUAAGGUAUUUGUUAUUGUUAGUUUUGAUAUUUCCAUAAGACAGCCUGACUUGAGCUUGAGUCUUGUUUUUUGGAUUUACCCUUGACCCAUAUUCCUCCCAGUUAAUUUUUUUUAUUACUUUUUUGGUGAAUGGACUUAAUUUUUUAAAAUAAAAUCCUGUUGACUGCCUUGUUUGAGAGAGCUCACAGUUCCCAGAAUGCUCUUGAAGUGAGACACCAAGUCAAGAUCAGUGCCUGUGUCAACGUGCAUGCAAGCAUUUACUGUACACCCCUAUUGGUUCUGCUCAACAUGGCUUUGGACCCCCGUCGAGCUGAGGAGGAAGUUUUCUCUUAAAGAUACUGUUUGUACCUUUUAUUUGUACCCCUGUCCCACCACCUACCUUCCUCCAGCUACAAUUAAAUUCACGCAAACAAACUGUAAAAGAUUUAAGUGGUACAUUUGGGAAAUUAAUGGGGAAUCUGAUGGGUGAUUGGCAAGUCAAAUUGACCUCAAACCAAACAUUAGCAAACAUGUAGUGUCCUUGCUGUCAUGGCGGGCAGUCUUUGAAUGUGCGUUUGUUCUCAUGAUCACAUACUGUUUUUUUUUUUCUUGCUUUCUUUCCUUCUUUCCUGUUUUCUGGUCAAAACAAAUUGGACAUGUCACAAUGACUUGUUUGUGUAAGACUUUGGGACAAGAGAAAAACAUGUCCUGAUUGAAUGAAUAAACUGAUCAAUACACAUUGAA